AUUACUCAGAAGGGCGAAGCUUGGUGACACGCAAGAGUCCACGGUUGUGAAACUAUACUACCAUCCCUGUUCUUGUAAAUUAUGAAAAGGAAGAACUAACAAAGAACAACUAUAGCUGAGCGAAUUACUUUUGUUUGUGGGUUUUCUUGGUUGAAUAUCAGGGUCGUAUGGGGUGCAACAGGUAGCCAGCCUUACCACUGAGAAUGGAAGACGUGUGAUUAUGUUUAUUCAAGGUAACCAUUUAAUCUCGGAUCGCUUUAAUGAACUCGAUAUAGUAGCCUAGGUUACUUUGUGAAACGUUAAGAAUAACGAUAUGUCCGCGCACGGGUUGCUGAGCAGCGUUUUCUCAUGCUCCUCGCAAACAUCCGAAACAAGGUCCAAACGGAGACUGAGAAAGACUAUAAGUUUGGACCCAGCUUUGAUAAAACGCGAUGGGACUGAACCGGAUGGGACAUCUGGUCAAGCAGAUGACCAAAAGUCGCUCCGAGCCUCAAACGAAAGCCUCUCCAAACUAGACGCGCGCCUUACUACAGCCGGAGUUAAACACUGUCAAUCUGCAUCCUCAAGCCUGUCAAUAUACUUGGAUACUUCUGGCCAUUUCGACAAUGAUUCAAAAGCCACUAAAAGAAACCCCUAUACUCCAACCGGAAGCUCAAACACUUUAUUUUCACCUAGAAAGUGGCUUCAAAAGAAGCCAUCUCCACCAUCCAUCCCUCAUUCAAAUGCUGCAUGGACAUCUGAAGAUGACUUCACAUGGAACAGCAUGUCAGGGCUGAGCGUGCCUCUGAAGCCGGUGCUCCUCCAGAGCCUCUCAGAGUUGGAGAGAGUCCGCCUGCAGGAAGUGGCCUUCAGCAGGCUGCUCCAGGACUACGACCUGGGUUGCCAGAUCACCAUCCCCAAAGAUGGUCAAAAGCAUAAGAAGUCACUCAGGAGGAAGUUGGAUUCAUUGGCCAAAGAGAAGAGUAAAGAAAAAGAGUCUAUGCCCCAGGCAUUCGGUAUAACGCUGUCGCAGGUGAUCUCUAACGACCGUGCCCAGAAGCAGCGUCAGGAGCUCCAGACCCAGCGAGAGGAGCACCGGGACGCCAGUGACCUGGUGUGCUCCCUCUUGCGCCUCACCUCCUGGAGGAGCACUAAGGACAAGGAGCUGUCCAGCAGCAACUCCUCCCUCAGUUCCAACUCCGAAACGCCCAAUGAGUCCCCUUUGCCCAACACACCCGAGGCACCACCACGCACAUGCAGGAGGGGAGGAGUGUCUGUGGAUUACAUCACUGACCUGGAUGACAACCAGUCUCGUCUGCUGGAGGUCCUGCAGCUGUCCCUACCAGCCGAGACACCCAGCAACAAGAAGAAGCAGAGGGACAAGAAUCUCAGCCUCAACCAUAUCUUUCGACAGGUGCCCAGGGUAGUGGAGAGCUGCUGCCUGUACCUGGAGAAACAUGGUCUACAGACUGUUGGCAUUUUCCGUGUAGGGAGCUCAAAGAAGAGGGUACGGCAGCUGAGAGAGGAAUAUGACCAGGGUGUGGAGGUCCAACUGGAUGAGGAGCACUGUGUCCAUGAUGUGGCUGCGCUGCUCAAGGAGUUCCUGAGGGACAUGCCUGAUCCCCUACUGACCAGGGAGCUCUACACCGCCUUCAUCAACACCAUGUUACUGGACCAUUCAGACCAGGAGAUCACCAUGCAGCUGCUGAUGUGCCUGCUCCCACCCUGCAACAGUGACACCCUGCAACGCCUCCUGGAGUUCCUGGCCACGGUGGCCGCCCAUGCCCAGGACGGCCAGGACAGGGACGGACUGGAGAUCACAGGGAACAAGAUGACAUCGCUCAACCUGGCCACCGUCUUUGGGCCGAACCUUCUACACAAGCAAAAGAGCUUGGACAAGGAGUUUGCUGUGCAGAGUUUUGCCCGUGCCGAGGAGAGUACAGCCAUCAUAGGCGUGGUACAGAGGAUGAUCAACACAUACGAGACCCUCUUCAUGGUGCCUCCUGACCUGCAGAAUGAGGUUCUAAUGAGUCUGCUGGAGACGGAUCCUGAUGUGGUGGAUUACCUACUGCGGAGGAAGGCUUCUCAGCACUCUGGUCCAGGCCUGCUAAUGAUUGAGGAUCCCUUCUCUCUGAGUGAGAGGCGCUGCUCCAGUGACUCCAACAAGGCCUCCAGUGCGGAUGUGUCCCCCUAUGAAAUGAACUCUCCAGUGCUGUCGGAGCUCUUGCUCUCCCAAGACCAGGGGGACAGCAGCCCCCUCUCUGACAAGCUCUUCAAGGUCCCUGAGCAGUAGACACUGGUGGGCCACGUCAAAGGUUGUCCCAGCGACAGCUACAUUACCACUCACCAUCCACAGGCAAAGGGGAAAGAGAAAGGGGAAUAUACCUAGUCAGUUGUACAACUGAAUGCAUUCAGCUGAAAUGUGUCUUCCGACAUUUAACCCAACCCCUCUGAAUCAGAGAGGUGCGGAGCUGCCCAAUGAUCAAGUUGGCCAUUUCAUCUCUGAAAAUAGCACUAAUACACUGUAUUGUAUAUUGCUGCUUAAUAUGAAGAAUAUUUCGGAUUUUUCUAUUAGACACACCUGAUGAACAUUUCUGGGGUUUCUGGCAUUCCUCUCUAAGGAAAAGGUUUAUUUAUGGAUCAUCAUAUCACUGGUACGUUCAUUGUCUUUGAAUAGCAUGUCUCAUUCUUUGUUCUUUGAAACUCUGCAACCUAGAAUAAAUGACAUGUUCACUAGGUGGAGAUAAGACUUUGAUUAUGUGUAAAUGGUUUCCCCCAGUUUCCCAUGGC